AUGGCUCUGAACAUUGCUUCGACUCUUCUCCUGGCUACAGGACUCACCCUCCUAAUUUAUCUCAUUAAACGGUGGAGUAGAAUCAAACAGAACCUACCUCCAGGACCUACACCUCUGCCAGGCUUGGGGAACGUCCUUCAGCUAAGCACCUCAGAACUACCACAGUCUUUUAUUAAGCUGAGUGAGACAUAUGGACCGGUCUAUACCCUCUACAUAGCCAAUCUUCGGACGAUAGUACCGAUUGGGUAUGAUGCUGUGAAGGAGGCAUUGGUGGACCGCAGCGAUGCUUUAAGUGACAGGGGAGACACAGGAGCUGGAGAAUUUUUUUCUAAAGAUUUUGAAAAGAUCCAUAAAGAGAUUGACAAUGUAAUCGGGAAAGAUCGUUGUCCAUCAAUAGAAGACAAGAGUAAAAUGCUGUAUUCAGAAGCUGUAAUCCAUGAGGUUCAAAGAUUUGCUGAUAUUGUCCCUUCAGGAUUGCCUCAUUCUGUCAGCAAGGACACAACCUUCAGAGGAUAUCACAUUCCAAUAGUAUCUGGGGGAAUAAAACUACUCCUUUUCGAGACCGCAAAGUUGGACUAG